AUGGAUAGAUAACAAUACGAAAAUUACCUUAAAGAAAAACUACAUCCAAUCCUCGAAAAAAUGCUUAUUGAUUGUUUAUAAGCAAAACCUGCUGAUCCCAUUCCAUUUCUAAUAUAAUGGCUUCAAAAUAAAUAAUGUGGAGGAGCUGCACAUGCUCAAUCCGCAUAAGCUCCUCUUUAAUAAAAAGCAUAAGCCCCUGCAAAUUAAGAUAAAAAGAAAAAGAAAUCAAAAAAAGAGUCUGAUGAAGAAAAAGCUAGUAGUGAUGAAGAUGAAGAUGAUUAUGUUGAAGUAGUUUAAACUCAUAAGGAAAAAGGUAAACCAGCUGUCGGAAGAGCAUCGGUAUCUGCCGAAGCUUUUGGUUAAUUUAAUCAAAAGAAGGCUUUUAAGCCUAAAAUAAUCUAAAAAAAACCUGAAUAAAUUUAAAAAAUAACCCAAAGAUUAUCCUAAGCAUUUAUGUUUUCUGCCCUUGAUGAUGGUCAAAGAAAAAUAGUCAUCGAUGCAAUGGACGAAAAACGAUAUAAAGCAGGCGAAUUGGUAAUUUAAUAAGGGGAAGAUGGAGAUGUAUUAUAUGUAGUUGAUGAAGGAGAGUUAGACUGUGAAAAAGUAUUUAAAAAAGGCGACAAAGCGACCUAUUUGAAAACUUAUUAACCAGGUGAAUCUUUUGGCGAACUUUCUUUAUUAUAUAAUGCCCCUAGAGCUGCUUCUAUUAGAGCCAAAACAAAUGCAAUUUUAUAUUCUUUAGAUAGAGAUACAUUUAAUAAUAUAGUAAAAGAUGCUGCAGCAAAAAAAAGAGAGUUUUAUGAAAGUUUUUUAUAAACAGUUGAACUAUUAAAAGAUAUGGAUAAUUAUGAAAGAUCUAAAAUAGGAGAUGCAUUAAAGUCUAUUACUUUUAAAAAAGGUUCUUAUGUUGUUAAAGAAGGUGAUUCUGGUGAUGAUUUCUUUAUGAUUGAAGAAGGUUAAUUAUAAGCUUUAAAGUAAGUUAAUCCAGGAUAGGAUCCAGUGGUUGUUAAAGAAUACAAAUAAGGUGAUUAUUUUGGAGAAUUAGCUUUAUUAAAAAAUUGUCCUAGAUAAGCUAGUAUAAAAUGCGUCACUGAUGUUAAAUUAGCUACUUUAGAUAGAUCCGCUUUUAAACGUUUAUUAGGUCCUGUUGAUACUAUUUUAGGAAGAAACGCUGAUAAUUAUAAAAAAUUCUAAAAAUGAUAAAUAAUAAAAUAGAUAUAUAUAUAUAAAGAAAUACAUUAAUAUUAUUAUAAUUUUAUAUUAAAUAAAUACUUAUAAUAGAAAAACAUAUAUUUAAUCUUGUUUAAAA